AGCCUUCGUACUGUUCAACAAUUGAUUCUAAAGCAAUGGGCUCCACGUGCUAUCAAAGGCUCAGAUCUUUUGAACGACUGCUUGAGUAAUCGACGCUUUCUAUCUACGGGUUUCCCACAACUAGAUUCCUUUCUCAACGGUGGUCUGGUAACGGGUGAAAUUGCGGAAAUCUAUGGCAUCUCAGCAGUGGGAAAGACACAGAUGUGCCACAUUUCAACGGCUGCAACAGUUAUUUCCUCAAUCGCUUCGGAGUUGGGGGAACCUCCUCCCAACUCUCUGGAAGAAAUUCGCGGUCCAACUGUUCUCUACCUUGAUACCAAAGGUGAAUUUGAUCCAAAGAGACUGCGAAGCUUCAUUCGAUCCGCUUUAAAAAGGACUUAUGAGCUGACUGAAGAGAAUGGCCUAGAUAUUUACACCAACCAUUGUCUAUCUCGAGUGUAUUAUCGGUUAAUACCGACUAUUCAGAAUCUGAUGGAUGCAAUAGUUGAAACGCGUUUCUGCGUUGCAUCUGCUGUUACGCAGGCAUCUACUUCAAAAGGUGGCAUUCAGUUAAAUUCUAUGGAAUCCAAGUUCUACUCAAGUCUCCGGUUAGUCAUCAUCGACUGUAUUACGGGACCAUUUGCUCCCUUUUCUUCUGCUUUUCCUAACGAGAACAAUUUUCAACUGCAAGUGUUGUCCACUGAGUUACGACGACUUUCUUCGGAUUUCCACAUUGCUAUACUUGUGUCAAAUAACUGUCGUUAUGGAAAUGAUACGUCUCGUGGUUGUCUGGGUGAAUUCUGGUCCAAUGUUCCUCGUCUCAAGCUUCAUAUGCUACCACAUAAUGAACCGCUACAAGCAUCGGUUGAAAUUACUCGGGAUCUAAGGUUUUCCGAUACAGAGGUAGAUGAAAGCAGUGAAGACAAGCCAAACUCUUGUAUAGUAAACUUUCGUGAAAUUUUGAAAGAAUAA